AAUCUCUAGCUCUUAUUGGUGACUGGUUUUAUAAAUUCAAACGAUAUCAGUACAAGAAGUAUAAAUUGUUUCGCGCAGUUUCUUUAGUCGUAUCUUUCGUCAAACAGCGAUUACUCUAGGCGUUCAGUAAAUAUAAAAUUAAACGACGGAACAUUUUCGCAUGUAAUUAUGAAUAAUAAUGACCAAAAGGUGAAAGAAAUUGUGCUCCGUGACGUAGAGCCUGUUCUGCAACAGAAGCUCGGAAAGUGUGUGAUCGUUAAAAAUUUUACAACCGAACCCUUGUUGCCACCCGGUGAGAAUUACGGAAGUACGAUCCUGAAAGUUGAUGUUGAACUGAAAAAUAGAAAUACAGGGAAGAAAGAAGAUCUUCGUCUCAUCGCGAAAAUGUUACCGCCUACGGAAUUCCAAAGGCUUAUUUUUAAUAGUUCGCAAACAUUUACAAAAGAGAUCUUCAUGUACGAGACCAUCGUGCCAGCAUAUAAUAAACUAGAACUCGAAUCUGGAAUAAAGGAGAGUGAGAUAUCUCACAUUCUGCCGUAUUUUUAUGGAUCCAGACUAUCCUUGCAACCGGAUGGUGAUAUAGACGACGACGCUGUCUUUCUUAUGGAGAAUUUGAAAAGCAAGGGCUACUACAAUGGCAACAGGAUCGAAGGUUACGAUUUGGAGCAUUCGGAAAUGGCAAUUAAAAGUUUGGCAAGAUUUCACGCUUUAGGUAUGGCAAUGAAACUGAAGAAACCCGAAAUUUUCGAAGUGUUCAAAAUGCACUCGAAAAACUGGGAAGUAGAAGGUAAUUCCGAAGAUUUCUUUGCUGUGAUAUUGAAGAAAAUAAAAGAUGAUCCGGAAAUGAAUCCCUAUUACGAUAAAUGCUAUAAAAGACUGAAUGCUGCAGCAGUAAUGGAUUUUUGGACAGAUACCCCAUGUGAACCUUGGAUGACAAUUAUUCACUCUGAUCUUUGGGUGAACAACAUAAUGUUUCAUCGAAAUGAGAAGGGUCAGGUUGAAGAUGUGAAAUUUGUCGAUUUUCAAAUAUACGUAUACAGUAGUUGUGUACGGGAUUUACUUUUUUAUUUGUUUUCGAGUGUCAAGACCAACGUCACAGACGAACAACUCGACAUUCUCAUGGAUUUAUAUUAUGACGCACUUGUAGACAAAUUAAAUAUAAUGGGAUGUGAUACGUCUUCUUUCAAUAAAGAGGGAUUCAGAGAAAAGAUAGCUGAAGAUGCUUCUCGUGAAUUUCUGCAUUUAUGCUUUAUGAUAAAGAUACUCACGUUGGACAUCAAGGAGUCCAAUUUUAGUUACGAUAAUAUGCAAAAUGUUAUGGUUAAUUACGAGGGGAAUCAGAUAUUCGUUGAACGACUCCGUAAGAUUGUGCUUUACUUCUGUAAACAUAAUUGGAUAUAA